GCCCGAGAAACCUAGCUAGAUGGCUACCUACGAACACAGCAUCGUGAACUUGUCGUAAGAAGCCUUGUCAGCGAUGGCCAUCACAUAAUUUGCUGUGUUUGUGACUGGGGAUCAAAAAGGUGAACUAUGGCUAUCAGGAUCCUCAGAAACCUGCCGAGACUCUGGCAGUUCCCGGAGAAGAGAAGUUUCAUCAGUCGACACACUGAGUCACAAUAUUCACUGCGAUGUGUGCCAGAUAUCCAGCUAAAGAAGAGAGACCUCUCAUGCUUCAGCUCUGCAUGCAGUCACAGUCUUAAGAGGGUGCCCCACCAAAGACAUUUCUUGAACGUGUUGGGAAACUGCCGUUUAAAGCAAGAAAGAGGUCUGAUGUGGGGUAGACAAUGUGUUGGCCCGUCUGGCAUGAACAGGACAUUCUCUCUGACCAUUAGUGUAACAAAGCAGCUCCAGUCAACCUCUGCCGCCAUGUCAGUGUCAAAACAGGGAGUGCUGCCGGGAAAGAGGCCGCCCAAAGGACCACGGACCAAGCAGCCAUCCAGAGCCAACCAGCCCCCGCAGGAUGAGGGCAAGGACAUGAUGCAGUGCAUUGCUUUUGCUACAGCUGACCAAUAUCACUUACCAACACUCAGCCAUGACCUUACAGCACAUGGGUUUUUUGAAAUUACAGAUUUGCCCCGAGAUGCUUCAAAUGUCUUAGUUAUUGGCACAGAAAUGGCAUCGAAACCUAAUGACAAUGCAGUGAUGUUUUUCUUCAGGGAGGGUUCUGUUGUAUUCUGGAAUGUAGAGGAGAAAACGUUGAAACACGUGAUGAGGAUCUUGGAGCAUCAUGAGAUUCAGCCCUACGAAGUGGCACUGGUUCACUGGGAGAACGAGGAAAUCAACUACUCAGUGGGAGAGGGAAACACAAAACUACACCAUGGGAACUUUAUAUUAAACAGUGAGCUGGAACAAGAUCAGGUGGUCCUGGAAAAGUUUGCCUUCUCCAAUGCACUUUCGCUGUCAGUGAAACUGGCCAUAUGGGAGGUAUCUCUGGACAAUUUUGUGGAGUCUAUCCAAUCAAUUCCUGAGAUGCUGAAGUCAGGAAAAAGGGUGAAGCUGUCUCGAGCAGAAGUCAUGCAAAAAAUUGGAGAGCUCUUUGCACUAAGACACUGUAUAAACCUUAGUUCUGAUCUGCUCAUCACCCCUGAUUUCUACUGGGACCGAGAGAACCUGGAGCAGCUCUAUGACAAGACCUGUCAGUUCCUUAGCAUCAACCGCAGAGUCAAGGUGAUGAAUGAGAAGCUCCAGCACUGCACAGAACUAACUGACCUUAUGAGGAACCACCUGAGCGAAAAGCACACCCUGCGACUGGAGUGGAUGAUUGUUGUUCUCAUCGCCAUAGAGGUGAUGUUUGAACUUGCCCGAGUCAUCUUUUAAAAUGUACCGCACCAAGAUACUAUCCCAAAAGAUGGGACAUCUCCACAGAGAUUGCCACUUAUGAAGAAGAACUUCCAGCAGAUAUUCAAGAACCUACAAGUCCUACCUUUGCUAUCUUUUUACCUUCAGAGCAUUCUUAGAGAGUGGUGUCAAAAGAGCAACAAAAUGUUUCAUGCCUCCAACACAGUGACUGUAGGCUGGGAAACAUUCCUGUUGACAUCCCAUAUCUUGGUAGAAAACUGCUGAAAACUUAUCUUAAAACAUGUCCUCUUUCCCAUUGAUCCCUUAUUGGUGGUUUCCAAGUCUUGAAUAUUUUCCUUACCAAUAGAGCAGGUUACAUCUAAUCUUCUAGUGUGUGUGAAUGAGGAUUAUCUUUUUCUGCACAUCAAAAAAAAAACAAUCAUGAUGCUGUUUCCAUCAACAGGGUUCCUACUCAAAUCAGAUUUAUUUUUGCCAUGACUUUUCAAUUAUGUUCCAUAAGGAUAAAUGUAAAAAAAAAUUCAAUAAACCACCAUGAAGAUUAAGAUACUUUGAAGAUGGAAUUGCAGGAGGAAAUGCUUUUGAGAUGUAUUGCUUUCAAAAUAUUGCAUGUCUCCACAGACACAUGCUCACUGGUGCUUUUGACAAUGAAUACAAGCCAUCAGUGAUACACUGUGGGCUUAAUGUACAAGGAGUACAACUAAAUUGUUAGCAGUAUCAGAACAAUGAUAUUUUGAGACUUGUAAAUGACAUUGGGCUAGUGAGUCAGCAGGUACGGUGGAUGCUUUGUGCUCUGUUAAAGAAAAAAAAAAUUAGAAAUAACAAAACAUUUGUGGGAAAUUCAUGACUUUUCAAGGACAAUGUGAAAUGUGAUCACUUUCAGUGACUUUUGUAACUUGACACGAUGAAAAUAUUUUUAAGGAUUUUUGAAGACUGCGAGAACUCUGAUCAAAUUACUUGUGCUGUAAAUCCCAGCAAUGGAUGCCUAUAUACACUGACUGUGAACUGCUGAAGGUAGAUGAAAAGCGAUUUUUGGUUGUCCUCAUUUGAAAGCCGUCUGACACACGUUUGAACACAAUACUCUUCUGAGCACAAAAGGAAAAAAUUACCAAAUGUUAUGCAGUAGAUUAUAAAUUAGUUUUAACUGACAUUUACAGGGUUUCUAUGUAUUUUCCUUGCAUUAACUUUGUCUGCGAGUAUCUAGAAUUAUGAACAGAACAGGCUUUUUGAUAUUUUUCUUGAUACCAUGUACAGUCACUGUUUUCACCAUUGCAAAAUCAGUUACAUUUUCAUCAGCCAGAAUUUUUUUUACAUCUUGUACUGCUUUUCAUGUCUGUGAAAUAAACCAAGAGAACCAAACCCU